AUGUUCCGUGGAACCUGGUUGUGCUGGGGCUCCCUCCUGCUCUUGGCCAGGCCUACUGAGCUCUGCCCUGUGGGAUGUGACUGCUUCAGCCAGGAGGUAUUCUGCUCAGAUGAGAAGCUGGCUGCCAUCCCUCCAGACAUCCCACUGCACGCCACAGACAUUGUCUUUGUGCAGACCUCGUUCACCACGCUGGGAACCAGGGCAUUCAGCAGCAGCCCCAACCUGACCAAGGUGGUCUUCCUCAACACCCAGCUCCGCCACUUUGGGCCAGAUGCUUUUGGGGGGCUGCCCAGGCUGGGGGACCUGGAGAUCACAGGCAGCACCUCCUUCAACCUCAGCACUGAUGUCUUCUCUAACGUGACCUCAUUGGGCAAGUUCACCCUCAACUUCGACAUGCUGGAGGCUUUGCCAGAGGGCCUCUUCCACCACAUGGAUGGCCUGGAGUCUCUCGAGCUGCAGGGGAACCGGCUCCAGACCCUGCCUGGGAAGCUCUUCCAGCCUCUGACCCACCUGAAAACCCUCAACCUGGCUCAGAACCUUCUGGCCCAGCUCCCUGAGGAGCUGUUCCACCCUCUCACCAGCCUGCAAACCCUGAGGCUGAGCGAUAACGCGCUCUCCAGCCUUCCACAUGGCAUGUUUAGCAAACUGCGCAGCCUGCAGGAACUCUUCCUGGAUGGCAAUGCGAUCUCAGAGCUGCCCCCAGAGGUGUUCUCACAGCUCUUCUGCCUGGAGAAGCUGUGGCUGCAGCACAACACCAUCGGGCACCUGCCGCUCUCUGUUUUCUCCUCCCUGGGCAAUCUGACCUUCCUGAACUUGCAGGGUAACGUACUGAGGAUGCUGCCUGCUGGUCUCUUCACCCACACCCCAGGCCUGGUCAGCCUUUCCCUAUCCUACAACCAGCUGGAGACCAUCACUGAGGGUGCCUUUGCCAACCUAUCCAGCCUCAGUUUCCUCACACUCUCGCACAACGCCAUCACCCACCUCCCAGCCAGCACCUUCAGGGACCUCGAGGAGUUGGUCCAGCUGUACCUGGGCAGCAACAACCUGACGGCCUUGCACCCAGCCCUCUUCCAGAACCUGUCCAGGCUUGAGCUGCUUAGCCUCUCCAGGAACCAGCUGACCACACUCCCAGAGGGCAUCUUUGACACCAACUACAACCUGUUCAACCUGGCCCUGCACGGCAACCCCUGGCAGUGUGACUGCCACCUGGCCUACCUCUUUAGCUGGCUGCACCAGUACAGCGACUGGCUCUUCAACAUCCAGACCUACUGUGCAGGCCCUGCCCACCUCAAGGGCCAGGUGGUGCCCGCCCUGAAGGAGGAGCAGCUGGUGUGCCCCGUCACCUGGGAACGCUUGGGCUUCCAGGCCCAGGGGCUGGACAAUGCGGAGCCAGGGGACAUCUGGGAUCUGGCUGUGGAGGGAAGAGCAGCCCCGAGCCCGUGUACCUACAGCAACCCUGAGGGCACUGUGGUGCUCGCCUGUGAUGAGGCCCAGUGCCGCUGGCUGAAUAUGCACCUGUCUCCGGGGCGGGGCUCGGGCUCCCCGGGACUGACGUACAAUGCCAGUCGGGAAUGGGACUUGAGGUCAAGCUGCGGCUCUGUGCGGGUCAUUCUGUCUAUUGGGGCUCGGGUAGCAGGGCCCUAG